AACCUGGAGCUUUCCCAGUCAAUAACUUGAACAGCGCGAACUUCAAUGGCGAUGAGCUAGCAGGCUAAUCCAGCACAAGACGCGAAUUAAUAAACAUUUUGCGCGCACUAACGCUGUCAUUUAAAAACAAAACACCACAGGGGUUAACCCGAGGAGGCUACUAACUAGCUACAAAGCAAAACAAGCCGCGAUAACUUCGAAACAUAAAUAGAGCGAACAUCAACCGCAUCGCGCGAGGAGAGGAAGAACGUGCGGCGCGAGACCUUCCCAAACAAGUGAGCAUAGACGGUCAAACACACUUUCACCAUCUUUGAGGGCCCUAGUCAACGUUUGUACCGAGCUUGUUCUGCUGACCCGACUCAACUAGUGUGAGAACACGUUGUCACAGCCAUCUUUAACCACUACAAACGCCAAUAUAUCCGAUCAUCCCACUUAUGCACGGGGAAAAAAGCGGCCAUCUAAAAACGGCUCGCGCUCGCUGCGUUUUCCCUUCGCUGACGACAUUACAACACCCCUUUCGCUGCCCUCGCGAUUUCUGCUUUGAAGUGAGCCUCACAUUCAUCGCAUUCAUGUCUCGGCCUCAGCAGCAGGAGCGGAUGGGGGAGGGGAAAAGAAUCCAAGGUGAUUGUCCACAAAAAAUCGGUCCAUUCCAGGUUAUCGACUGUGUCCAUUCGAAUCUAAAACACAGUCAACAGACUACGCAUGGACUGGGCCAGUGCUCAAAUCAGAUGGCAUCAGCAGCUGCAAACUCAGAUCUAUCCUUGCCCUUCCUGAGGCCUGGCUUUGAUUACUGGGCCCCCCACCAUGAGCCAACACAUGGCCAUGAGCGCAUACCAACUCAGUGCACAACCUCUGAGCAACCACUUGGAAACAAUCAAGAGAAAACAUACGACCAUGCAGAGUUUUCACUACAAAACAUUUGGAAAUGGUCAAAGACACAAGCUUCAGCUCUGCAAGCUGAUUGGUGGAUGCAAGGACCAGAAGAUAGACCUCGGAACCCUAUUGUAACUAUGGCAACAGACCCCACAGGAAUGAGUGAUUUGCUCCUAAUUGCAAAGUAA